AUGGGAAACACGGAAUCUGUCCCGCAUACGUCGGAUGGAGCACGACAGACCUGGACGGAUGACGAUCCUCCGAGACCCAUACCGGCCAUGUGGUACGACGAACACUACCAGAGAGGCCGUGCCGAAGGGCGUCGCCAGGGGAGGAUGAGAUUGGCUGCCGCGGAAAAGAAGAAGCCCAAGAGGACUUUCAGCCAUGUUGGCUGUCAGACAGAUUCUCCGGCUCCGCUGAAAGAGUGUUCAUGCCAAACACAGCCAUUGCCGAUUUCCAAUGCCCGUGUUGGUGGCGAAGCGUCUGGCACGACUUCGUUUGAAGAAACCUCGUGUCAGCCGGAGACUCCAUCGAACCCGCCAGGUGCUAUUAGCUGUCAGACCAUUCCUGCAGAAGGCACUACGAUGCGAGGCAUGAAGCGAUCCCAGGACGCCGCCGGGACGGAGCAAACGGUGCUGUCCGACUUCGUCAACGUUCAUCCCUCCCGCCAGCAGAACAUCGAAGGAUACAUGCAGGCCAAGCGGACUUCCUCUUCGACAACUUCGUCUGCAAUAUCGUCAUCCAACGGUCCUUCUUCUCCGACGGCGUCGAUCAGCAGUGUCUCGUUUACCAUGCCUCCAUCAAGCACUGCCUCCGCCCAAGUGGAUUCCUCCGCGAUGACUUCUGCUAGUACGAGCCGCACGUCUUCGGUCUGCUUUAUCGAUAGUGGUCAUUCCCGCGAGAUACUCAUCAAGGGCUUCAAAGAGGCCAAAAUGAUUCCCAUCUCGACAUCAUCGGCCAGCACCGCAGCAUCGGCGGAUAUCACCGCUUCCUCUGCCACGACGGUCGCUUCCAGCACGAUGGCUUCCUCCGUCACGACAGCUUCCUCCAGCACUGCGGCUUCAGCCAGCACGACAGCAUCUGCCAGUAGUACCUCGUCUACGCCAGCUUCGUCUCGGACUUCAUCGAGGCUGGAUUCCGUCGCUUCCGAUUCGGGACAUGACGAUUGGCUCCUGCGACAGACCGCGUGGGAGUCUUCCACGCCGAGUAAGAGGGGCAAAGCCAAUGAGAAGUACUCUUGUCAGUAG